UUUAAAGCCUGAAACGUACGCUAUAUGGAAAUAAAUAACACACAGCUCACCUCCACCACCCUCUCCUUUCUCCUCCAUUAUUCAACUUCGAGCAACUACCUCCAUAGCUUGGUAAUUCCACUCGCUAUUUAUUUACUUCUUGUUUCUUUAAUUCGGUUUUCUGUGCUUUUAUUUCUUGAUGAUGAUGAAAGAGUUUGCGAUGAGUGAUUUCAUUUGGAUUUUAAUUAGGGCAACCGAUUAGGGAUGUAAAUUGGAAGAUUUCGAUUAGAUUAAACAGCUUUUUAUACCAACUUACUUUUGAUUGGUUUUAGUUGGGGAUCAGGUGAGAAAAUUAUGGCUCUUGAUUAAUACGUUUUAGGCUUUUUUGAUUAAUUUCGGAUUAUGUAUACUUGUAUUUUAAUUAUAUAAUAAGUAUAUUAAAUGGAAGAAAAUCUCUUCUACUCUCCAAAUUUGCAAUAAAGAGAGAGUGAUGUGUUCUAUUGUUUCCUUUUUUUAGUUGGAAGUAGUAUUGUUCUAGGGUUGAAGUUGUGCAUAAUGAUACAUUAUUAAAAUAAAUGAUAAUUGAUUACGAUAAGAUGGAACUUUGAAGUGGUGUUUGGUCUGUGGAAUUUAAAUUCAAAAGAUUAAAAAGGAAAAGAUGGAAUGAUGCAUACACGAUCCAAGGACGAUGCAGCAGUGAAAAAAGGAGAGAAAAUUCUCCGUGUUUUGAGAUUUUUAUGAAUUUGAAUUAUGCUGUGAAUAUUGUCUCCACUUGGUAAUUUUAACAUCACAAUUCACGAGUCUGUAAAUCUGAAGAUAUAUUUUCCGAAGACAGUAUACCAACAAAUUCGGGGGUGGGCGUAGAAUCCAAUUCCGAAAAAGUUUUUAGAAUAGCCAUUCUUUAUCAAACUCUCUUCGUCCUUCUGUUAUUCUUGCAGAGUGUUUAAUUUGUUCUUCUGGAGCUUGAAAAUGGCGUCGAUCCAUCCGUCGGAGCUUGACUCCAACGCCACCGACUCCGUUGCCUCGUCGCCGAGAUCCGACCACCAAUUCAACUUGUCUCAUGAUCCCCAUGCCCGUGUUCGAUUUAUGUGCAGUUUUGGCGGCAAUAUCUUACUCCGACCACAUGAUAACCAGCUCCGAUAUGUCGGCGGCGAGACUCGCAUUGUCGCCGUUAACCGCUCCACCACCUUCUCCCACUUCCUCGCCAAACUCGCUAAGAUCUCCGGUACAAUUAAUAUGACCAUCAAGUACCAGCUUCCGAAUGAAGAUCUCGACGCCUUGAUAUCAGUGACGACGGAUGAGGAUGU